GAGGGACAGUACCAAUGUCGAUAUCUUAGAUGUGCAGGUCGUGUGCACGUCACAAAGGAUGCACUGAAAGCACAUGUGGACCUCAGCCAUUUGUCUCGUCUUGCAAUCAGUUGUCCAGUCCAAGAUUGUGAGCGAGUUUUUCCGCGAGCAUCUCAACUGGAGCUCCACUUCACGACCGAUCAUAAAGAUCUCGUCAAUAGCCCAGUGACUCUGGCCUUUGACAGGCUCGUUGCUACCGCACCACCAUCACGACGAAUUGUGACUCAUCCCCCACCAUUACCGUCGUAUCAUCAACUACCUAAUUGGCAAUUCACCGUUCCUCUCGUCUCACUGCCACCUCACAAACCAUUUGGUCCACUCGCGCCGGUGGAACCAAUUUCCCGAAAAUGGAGACGAUUGGAUGCACCAGACGAAGAUGACUCAAAUUUGAACCACAUCAUUCCACUCGAUGAUCUGGUCCGCCAAGUGAUUCCACCUCAGCAGUCGAAGCCACUUGUGCUCCACGUACGAAGGCAGCCGCCGUCAUUGAACGAGAACCAAAGGCUCUCGUAUCCUCAAUCCAUGCCUAGCCCACUUCCGCGCAAUGAUUUCGUUCCUACGACCAUCGGUAUUUCCAUCUUCGAGCGGAAAUUCGGGGAGCUUGCAAAAGAUGGAGUGGUCAAUGGAGGAACAUAG